UACAGAAAAACGUGGUGGCUCAUCACUGGCUCUGUCCUUGCUUCUCCGUAAAUAAAUAGGAAUCCUGGCUUCUAGUUUGAACUCCCUCACUGGAAGUCUAGAACCACCGGACCCCGUGCUGCACGAUAUCGCGCAUGGUUGCUUUUUCCUCCGAUACAAUCUAGAAUUCUCGUUCUUGCCUUUUCACUCUCGACUCGGUCACCGUCAGCUUCUCGGAGUGAGACUCCAGAACUCCACUGGGCCGCAAGCCUGCUAACGAAUUCUCUCAUAUUUUCAGAUCUGUUAUUCAAUUAUUAGUCGAUCGUGGAUGCAACAUAAUAGUGUUGCUGCUAAAUUCCCCAAAUUAGGAAAUCUAAGAAAAGGGUUGGUCGAAGUCUGGCAUGCGGGGACGUCAGCGUGAAGCUUACUUGAUGUACAAGCGCAUACCGUCGAGAGAUUUUGCAAAGAUAGUUGACAUGGAAGAAAACUCAGCUCUUCUACAGAGUAGUACGUCUCCAGAUACUUCAAGCCCUUCAUGGAGGCUUUCUUUCCCGCAUGUAGUUGUUGCAACCAUAACUUCAUUCUUAUUUGGAUACCAUAUGGGAGUAGUCAAUGAGCCACUUGAAAGCAUUUGUGUAGAUCUUGGUUUCAGUGGCAAUGCCUUGGCAGAAGGUCUGGUUGUGAGUACAUGUCUGGGUGGUGCCUUUGUUGGAUCUCUUCUCAGUGGGUGGAUUGCUGAUGGGGUUGGGCGACGUAGAGCUUUUCAGUUGUGUGCUUUGCCUAUGAUUAUUGGUGCUUCUAUGAGCGCAUCAACCGAAAAUCUUGCGGGUAUGCUUUUGGGACGGUUAUUUGUUGGGACUGGAAUGGGCUUGGGCCCCCCUGUUGCUGCUCUUUAUGUGACAGAGGUUUCUCCUGCAUUUGUGAGGGGUACUUAUGGAAGCUUUAUUCAAAUUGCGACAUGUCUGGGACUUAUUGUAGCUCUGUUUAUUGGAAUCCCUGUUAAAGAAAUUGCUGGCUGGUGGCGCAUCUGUUUCUGGAUGUCUACAAUUCCAGCUGCAAUACUACUUGUUGCUGUGAUGUUUUGUGCAGAGAGUCCCCAUUGGCUGUAUAAGAAAGGAAGAACUGAGGAAGCUGAAACUGCAUUUGAGAAGCUUCUAGGAGGAUCACAUGUCAAAUAUGCAAUGGCUGAAUUAUCCAAGUCAGACAGGGAUGGUGACUCUGAUAUUGUGAAGAUGUCAGAGUUGCUUUAUGGUCGCCAUUUUAGAGUUGUUUUUAUUGGGUCAACCCUAUUUGCUUUACAACAGCUAUCUGGUAUAAAUGCUGUUUUUUAUUUCUCUUCGACUGUUUUUAAAAGUGCGGGAGUGCCAUCAACCCUUGCAAAUGUCUUCAUAGGAAUUGCAAAUUUAACAGGAUCUGUUAUUGCUAUGAUUUUGAUGGAUAAACUUGGAAGAAGGGUCCUCCUCCUGUGGAGCUUUUUUGGCAUGGCAAUAUCGAUGGCCCUUCAAGUCACUGCAGCAAGUGCAUAUGUAUCAGGCUCUGGAGCUUUGUAUCUAUCAGUUGGCGGCAUGCUGCUGUUUGUCUUUACAUUUGCUCUUGGAGCUGGUCCAGUUCCAGGUCUCCUCCUAACCGAAAUUUUCCCCAGCCGCAUUAGGGCAAAAGCUAUGGCAGUCUGUAUGUCAGUUCAUUGGGUGAUCAAUUUCUUUGUGGGGUUGCUGUUCUUGCAAUUGCUGGAGCAACUUGGGCGACAGCUCUUAUACUCGAUUUUUACUACCUUUUGUUUAGUUGCCGUAAUGUUUGUCAAACGAAAUGUGGUUGAAACCAAAGGAAAAUCGCUUCAAGAAAUUGAGAUAGCACUUCUUCCUCAAGACUAAAAUGUGCACGCCCUUGUUUAGCGGGGAAGGAAUAAUCGUUCGCUGUAUCAAGUUUCAGCCAAAGUUGCAGUAAUAUGUUCUGAAGGAUUAUAUAGUUAAGAGUGGUCAGAUUUUGGUGAUCGAUACAUCAUCAUUGGCGCGUCUUGGGGAGUUACUGGUAGGUAGCAAUAUGUUGAUGAGGUGUUUACACAGUUAGAAAGGGCAUGCUGUGGAAGUUUUCAUGUCCUUUUUUCGUAGUCACCCCCCUCCCCUACAAGUCAUACAUUUAUGCGGAUUGUUUGUAAUAAAUUAGGGAUUUUGAUCCUUGAAAAAGGUGUGGCUGAUCUUAACAAGGCUUAGCAUAUUAAGGCUCUGUUUGGGUAUAACA